AUGGCUCCGUGGCCUCACGGGAACAGCUCUCUGGCCUCGUGGCCGGCUGCCCCCACCCCGACGCCCAAUGCUGCCAACACGAGUGGGCUGCCAGGGUUGCCGUGGGCGGUGGCCUUGGCGGGGGCGCUGUGGGCGCUGUUGGCGCUGGAGGUGCUGGUCACCGUGGGAGGCAACCUGCUGGUAAUCGUGGCCAUCGCUCGGACGCCGAGACUCCAGACCAUGACCAACGUGUUCGUGACUUCGCUGGCCACAGCAGACCUGGUGGUGGGACUGCUGGUAGUGCCGCCGGGGGCCACCUUGGCGCUGACUGGCCACUGGCCCCUGGGAGCCACUGGUUGCGAGCUGUGGACCUCAGUGGACGUGCUGUGUGUGACAGCCAGCAUCGAAACCCUGUGCGCCCUGGCCGUGGACCGCUACCUGGCAGUGACCAACCCGCUGCGCUACGGCGCGCUGGUCACCAAACGGCGCGCCCGGGCGUCAGUGGUGCUGGUGUGGGUCGUGUCCGCCGCGGUGUCGUUUGCGCCCAUCAUGAGCAAAUGGUGGCGCGUGGGAGCCGACGCCGAGGCGCAGCGUUGCCACUCCAAUCCGCACUGCUGCGCCUUCGCCUCCAACAUACCCUACGCGCUGCUCUCCUCCUCCGUCUCCUUCUACCUUCCGCUUCUGGUGAUGCUCUUUGUCUACGCGCGCGUUUUCCUCGUGGCCACGCGCCAACUGCGUCUGCUGCGCCGGGAGCUGGGCCGCUUCCCGCAGGAGGAGUCCCCGCCGACUGCGUCUCGCUUUCUGUCCCCCGCCCCGGCCGGGCCGUGCGCUUCGCCCGCAGGGGUGCCCUCUUACCGUCGGCGGCCCGUGCGCCUUCUGCCUCUCCGGGAACACCGGGCCCUGCGCACCUUGGGUCUCAUCAUGGGUACCUUCACUCUCUGCUGGUUGCCCUUCUUUGUGGCCAACGUGAUGCGCGCUCUCGGCGGCCCCUCUCUGGUUCCCAGCCCGGCUUUUCUGGCCCUUAACUGGCUAGGCUAUGCCAACUCCGCCUUCAACCCGCUCAUCUACUGCCGCAGCCCCGACUUUCGCAGCGCCUUCCGCCGCCUCCUGUGCCGCUGCCAGCAGGAGGAGCACCCCGCCGCCGCCUCCCCGCCUGGCGACCCCUCGGGCGCCCCUGCGGCCCUGACCGACCCCGCGGAGUCCAGGCAGUGCCCACUGCUCGACGGGGCUUCCUGGGGAAUUUCUUAAGUCCUGAACGACAAGAAAGAACUCUGUAG